AUGAAGUUCUCCUAUUUUAUUUUUCACCUCUUAAUAUUGCAACAUGUUUAUUCAAAUAGUAUCAUUAAUUGCCAAUUAGGAGAAAAUUGCUUGGAAGAAGAAGUGAAGAAAUCAGAAUUUCCAGAUGGUUUUCUAUUUGGAACUUCAACUUCUGCAUAUCAAAUUGAAGGAGGAUAUAUUGAAGAUGGAAAAAGUCUUAGCAAUUGGGAUGUUUAUUCUCAUACAAAUGGUAGCAUAAAAAAUGGAGGAAAUGGAGAUAUAGCUAAUGAUCAUUAUCAUCGUUACCUGGAAGACAUUGACAUAAUGGAGUCUCUUGGAGUAAAUGCCUAUCGAUUUUCCAUUUCUUGGAGUAGAGUUCUACCUAAUGGGAGCUCCGGACCCAUGAAUCCUGCUGGAAUAAAGUUUUACAAUAAUAUCAUUGAUAAUCUCUUACUCAAAGGAAUAACACCAUUUGUGACAAUUCAUCACAAUGACUAUCCUCAAGAACUUGAAGAAAGAUAUGGGGCAUGGCUUAGUUCUUUCAUGCAGGAAGAAUUUGUGCACUUUGCAUCAACAUGUUUUAAGAAUUUUGGGAAUAGAGUGAAGUAUUGGGCUACUAUAAAUGAGCCCAAUUAUUUUUCAGAACUAGCCUAUAUGAAGGGACUAAUUCCACCAGUCCAUUGUUCUCCUCCAUUUGGAAAAUGUUUUUAUGGUAAUUCAGAUAUUGAGCCUUUACUUGUUGUCCACAACUCAAUUUUGGCCCAUGCCAAGGCUGUCAAAAUUUAUCGUGACCAAUUUCAGGUGGAACAACGUGGAAUGAUAGGAAUGGUUGCUAGCGCGUACAUGUAUAAGCCAAUGACGGAUGAUGAAGUUGACAAGAAAGCUGCAACUAGAGCUUUGACGUUUCAUGUGGCUUGGCUUCUUGAUCCUCUAGUACAUGGAGAUUAUCCAAUAGAAAUGCGACAUUAUCAUGGGAGGAAAUUACCAAGAUUUAACUAUGAAGAAACAAUACUUAUAAAAAACAGCAUGGAUUUUAUAGGAAUUAAUCAUUAUUCAACGUUGUUUGUCAAGGAUUGUCUUCAUUCAAAUUGUACGUGCACGCGUGACAAUAAUCCUAUGUGUAGCCAUGGUGAAAAUCGCGCAAUCUUAGGGUUUUUGCUCACUUCUGGACAGAAUAAAGACGGUGAUUUCAUAGGAGAUCCGAUGGGAAUGCCUGGAUUAUAUGUGGUUCCACAAGGCAUGGAGGAGAUUAUUGCUUUUCUUAAGAAGAGAUACAAUAACAUGCCUAUAUUUGUGACUGAAAAUGGGUAUGGUUCAAAUGAUAAUAAUAAAAAAGGAGGAUAUGACUUGGACAAAGACAUUAAUCGAAUUAAAUUUCACAAAGCAUACCUAACAACUUUGGCUCGAUCAAUCAGGAAUGGUGCUGAUGUGCGAGGUUAUUUCAUAUGGAGUUUAACGGAUAAUCUUGAAUGGACUUUUGGUUACACAAUUAAAUUUGGGCUUUAUUAUGUUGAUCCACUUACGUUGGAUCGAAGCCCAAAACUAUCGGCCCAUUGGUAUCAGGAUUUUCUCACCAAUAAUAUACAAGCAAAGAAAUCAAUAUAAUUAAGGAGUUUAAU